CUUUCAUGACACACUGCAGGCCAUAAUCAACGGGACCGUCCACGCCAACAAUGUCCCAGCCCUGCUAAUAUGGAGGACACUCUAUGGGAAGAGGUGAAAUCUGGGAAUCUGGAGAGCCUGCGCGUCGUUCUCUCUUCGAGUUCGACUGCUCGCAGGACUCGUGCUCUCCAUGAACUCCAUGAGAGAAUUGGGUCUAAAUUACCGCAAAGCGCCCACAGAACUAUCCUAGAUCUUCUCUUCAAGACGUACCCUCUCUACGUCGAUCGUCCGUCUCGCCAAGCUGUUCAGCAAUGUCUCCGCUCCCUCCUCAAGGCCCCCACUCCGAUCGAGGACCUCAAACACUUCACCCAGAAGUUACAGACAGAGACUUCUAAACCGGGACUGGCUCCAGCAUCAGCUUUCGUCUUGCUGGAGUGGUGCUCUGUUUUGUUGCAGAACCUACGGGAUGACUCCACUGUGCCCAUGUCGAAUGUGCUGGACAUAAUCUCAGUAGAUGCAAAGGCGCUGGAAAGAUGUCUUGCCGGGGAGCCCAAACCAGCGGUAAAGCAGUCUGCUCUCCGAGUCACAAGACGGGCUUUACGUGCUGUUUUCUCUUCCAAGACCUGGGGUGACGAUGCCAUAGGCCAGUCUGUCAAUCGGCUAACUAGCGAUUCGACUGCUGGGCAGGGGAAUAUCCCUUUCCUUGGUGUGAUUUCCGGAGUGUGCGCACGCCUCCAAACGAAGAAGCCUAUUUUGGAGGAAUACAAAAAGACAAUCUAUGCGUUCUACGCUAAGGAUGUCAUCGGCUCCCGUACCAUUGUGCCAGCACAUGUCGCAAAUGGGCUGUCCGAUUUCUUCUUGUCGUUUGCUACCUAUGAUGAGGUAGCAUCGGAGUUGAUACCACCUCUCGAGAAAGCUAUUUUAAGGUCUCCAGAAGUAGUUCUGAAUGGCGUAAUACCAGCACUAUGCUCCUCGUUGCCCGAUGUUGAUCUGUCGGAUGUUCUUUGUUCUCGCCUUUUGAAGCACCUACUUUCCAGCAUGAAGUCCAACAAUGCUGCUAUCAGGCAAGGAGCCGCCCAAUCUUUUGAAUCACUCCUGUCGAAAUGCAAGACCGAGAGCUCGCUCUUGAAGAUGGCAACUGAGACCAUCAGCCCCCUCAAAACUCAGAAAAUCACCAAUCCUGACCAGCGUGCUGUGUAUGCUCAGGUACUGGCUGCAAUUCCAUCUUUCGUUGAUAUAUCUGUGGAAAUUAUACGGGGCUUUGUUCCGGUAUUUGCGCGGGAAUCCAAUGAGGUUGCUCUGGAACAAGAGAUUAAAGCGUUUUGCAAGCAUCUUGCCUUCGUCGUUCAAUCGAGGGUUAAGAUUGCCGAUGAUGUCGUCAGUGCAAUUGUAAAGGGAUCUUCUGAAAAGAGAAUCCCGUUCCGGAAGCUUUGGCAGCUUAAUGUUGGAGACGUCUUGUGGAAUACCAACCCCGAAGCUUUGAUUGCGCCUGAAAUUAAAGCGCUCGUUGACAAAUUUAGCAGUAAGAUGAAAGAAUUAUCCAAAGAGGUAAUCUCUAAUCCGUUGCCAUCGGCCCAGAAUGGUUUCCUGUCGACAGCGUACAUCUUUGUGGCGCUGUUUGAACGGCUCUGCAAACUCCAAGACCAGGAUGCAUCCGAUUGGGAAGAUAUAGUGGCUCAGUCGAUGCUUCUGAGCCCGAAACCUUCAUUUCUUCUGAAUCCAAGGGCUUACUCGAAGUUGACUUCCAAAGAAGAAAUAAAAUGGGCUGUACGUGCGCUUGCUGCAGUCGCAUCCUGUUCAAAGUUCGAAAAUGCAGAAGACGCAGCUCAGAAUGCAUGGGCCCAGGCCUCUAUUUACACCAUCACAGGACCUGAACUUCCCACGAAUUCUAGAGAGGAGGCCGCAAAGUCGCUGUCGGGCGUGAUCCUCAAGAACCCGGCAAAGAUAGGCCGAGUUGUAAUUGGCGCUCUCUGGUCAUGGAUCCUGUCUUUUAGGACGGCGGAAAGGGAAUCGGCUUCUUUGUCCGCUGGUCCUCAGAGCGAAAAGUAUCUUUAUCUAGUCGCAAAGGCAAUUGGUAUUUCCUUGUCUGAUCUCCGGGGAGCCGAUGGACCUACUACUGGUCAGACCGUCGAUAACCUCUUGCUCGAAUUUCUUGUCCUCUGUCGACCGGAACUGAUUCCCAAUGCAUCAUGGAUUGCCCUCUGUUUGAGAACUGGUACAGAUCCAGGUAAUCUUGUCCGUGAACUACCUGAUGACUGUAUGAAACAGUUGACUCGCGUAAACGAGGAUCCUGUACAGUCAAAGGUACCCCAAGUCGACGCCGCUGUUUGUGGCGCGGCAGCGGACCUAGCGUUCGUGGCUCCUGAUGUAAUGGUUCCGCAUCUUGUGAAGCAGAUAGAAGACGAUCUGGACGUCAGGCGUAUAUCCAGGUUUUCUCCAACGGAUGCUGCUAUAGCGCGGACUGCUGAAGGGACAGUUUUCGUUGAUGUUCUCAGCAGCAAGGCGAGUCAGCCUGUCUUUGAUAAGAGCAGCAAAGACUAUGACACCCUAAAGUGGGAGCAAGAAUUACGGGCUCAGCUUGCUGAGAAGAAGGGACAAAAACAGAAAAAGCUCACUCCUGACGAUCAGCACAAAGUUAAUGCCCAGCUAGCUAAGGAGAUUAAGAUUCGGCAAGAAGUACAGGGAGAAGUGAAGAGAGUUGAAAGAGGGGCUGGAAUCGUUAGGGCUCUUGCCACCGGUCCCCUUACCGAUGCAGAUGGAUGGAUCAAUUCUGCUGUUAACUGUCUUUUAUCCUUGGCAAGAGCUGGAGCUGGCAUAUUUGUUGGGGAUACUGUGUCGAAGGCGUACAUUUCAUGCUCUGAAAAAUUGUCAUCCCGCCUGGGGGCCCUCCGUCCUUUUGUCGGCAUUGCAAUGCUGCGAAUUAUGGGGGGAGCCUAUCUUGCCCCUGAAUUGGAAGCGGAGCCUCUUGGGGAACUUAUCACAAGAAUUCUUUACCGUCUUCGUUUUGCAUCCGAGCAGCGACCCCUUGACGCGGUCUCCCUGGCCUAUGUACUUCCUCUGAUUUUUGUAAUUGUUGGCCGAAACAAAACCGAGGGGACAAAGGCCGAAGAAGGAGAGGAGCAACUCCUACUAGCCCUUGAGUUUUUAUCCUUCCAUUCGAGUUCAUUUUCUGAUAACCGUCUUCCUCGAGCCAACGUUCUGAACCACCUUCUGAGUUCUAUGCAGAGAUAUACUCAACACUACAAACUGAUCAAGGAUACCCUAUUUGACUUCUGCAGAUGCAUCUCUCAAAAUAUCAGCAAGGAAGAACUAGAAGCCCUUCUUCAAGGCAGCAUCGUCCCAGAGAUAUCCGUCAGGACUUCGGUGUUGCAGGUCAUCUCUGCUGAAAUUGAUCUGACAGACCUCGACUUUUCUGAACAUAUUUGGUUAGCUUGCCAUGACCACGUGGAAGAGAAUGUGGAUAUUGCGGAUACGAUCUGGGAAGAGAACGCUCUUGAGGUGGAUGAUGACUCCUACAGAAGUAUCUUGAAGUAUCUCGAUUCCAAAGACUGGCAGCUCCGGGGAGCUGCCGCUCGCUCAUUGGCACAUUUGAUUGAGCUCAUUCCAGCUGUGUUCGGGGAUAUCAUCCUGGAAUUGCAAUCCAAGUAUGAAAAUGAAAUUAAACCCAAGAUACCUGCAAAAGACAAGUACGGCAUGCCUGUUAAGAUGGACUUAACGGACCAUUGGGAGAGUCGAAGCGGCAUCGCGUUAGCGUUCAAGGCGAUGACAAAUGCUUUUGAGGGAGAACAAAUCGUUUCGUUUAUAAGGUUCCUGAUCGAACGGGGGCCUCUUUUGGACAGCAAUGCCACGGUGAGGGCUCAGAUGUCGGACAGUGGAAUAUCUGUGAUCUCCGCGAAGGGUCAGCAAAAGGUAGAGGAGCUAAUGAGACUCCUUGAAACGGCACUGGAAACGUCAGAUAAGGCCACUCAGAGCUCAGAUCUGCUCAAUGAGGCCGUAGUCGUCCUAUACGGUUCUCUGGCCCGACAUCUGAAAGCAGACGACCCUCGAUUAGAGACGGUUAUCAAGAAGCUCCUGGCUACGCUUCCAACUCCUUCCGAGACUGUACAAUCCGCCGUCUCUGCCUGUCUACCUCCUCUGAUUAGACUCGCUGGCUCCGAAGCUACUUCAAGUUACGUGCAGGAAAUGUUGGACCAGCUUCUACAGUCAAAGAAGUAUGCUACUCAACGUGGUGCAGCCUAUGGUCUGGCCGGAAUUGUCAGCGGGAAGGGUAUCUCGACAUUACGUGAAUUCCGAGUCAUGGCUCUACUCAAAGCAGCUAUUGAGAACAAGAGGGAGCCACAUCAGAGACAAGGCGCUCUCCUGGCAUAUGAGCUCUUUUCAACGAUCCUUGGACGUACUUUCGAGCCAUAUGUUAUUCAAAUAGUGCCCCAACUCCUUGCGGCAUUCGGAGACCCCAGCGUCGACGUUCGCGAUGCCUGCCUCGAUGCAGCCAAGGCAUGUUUUUCAAAUCUCAGCUCUUACGGUGUGAAGCAAAUCCUUCCCACGCUGCUCGACGGUCUCGAUGACUCGCAAUGGCGCAGUCAGAAAGGUGCUUGCGAUCUUCUCGGGGCCAUGGCUUAUCUCGACCCGCAACAACUUGCAGCAAAUUUGCCAGCGAUCAUCCCUCCACUCACCGUUGUCCUCAACGAUACUCAUAAGGAGGUUCGGAACGCUGCCAACCGAAGUCUCCAACGAUUUGGUGAAGUUAUCAGCAACCCUGAAGUGAAGAGCUUAGUCGGAGUGCUCCUGAAGGCUUUGAGUGAUCCGACGAAGUACACGGAUGAAGCUCUCGAUGCCCUUAUAAAGGUAUCUUUUGUUCAUUAUCUAGAUGCUCCCUCGCUGGCACUGGUCGUUCGCAUACUUGAGCGUGGUCUUGCCGAUCGCUCAGCUACCAAACGCAAAUCCGCCCAAAUCAUCGGUAGCUUGGCUCACCUUACCGAGAGGAAAGACCUCAUUUCUCAUCUUCCAAUCAUAGUCGCUGGGCUACAACUCGCAAUUGUCGAUCCCGUGCCUACCACCCGUGCUACGGCAUCCAAAGCUCUUGGGUCCCUUAUUGAGAAACUCGGAGAAGAUGCGCUUCCAGAUCUCAUUCCCAAUCUUAUGGCUACUCUGAAGUCCGACACCGGAGCUGGCGACCGAUUGGGAUCUGCCCAAGCUCUUUCAGAGGUUCUGGCUGGCUUGGGAACUACCAGACUGGAGGAGACGCUGCCAACCAUACUACAGAACGUGUCCAGCUCGAAACCUGCUGUUCGGGAAGGCUUCAUGACGUUGUUCAUAUUCCUCCCUGCUUGCUUUGGUAACAGCUUCGCGGCCUAUCUCAACAGGAUUAUUCCGCCUAUCCUUGCUGGAUUGGCUGACGACAUUGAAUCAAUUCGCGAGACAGCUCUCCGGGCAGGUCGCCUGUUGGUCAAGAAUUUUGCCUCGAAGGCUAUAGACUUACUGCUUCCAGAGCUGGAACGUGGCCUGGCAGAUGAUAGUUACCGUAUAAGACUGAGCUCAGUUGAGCUGGUUGGUGACCUACUGUUCAGCGUCACCGGUAUUACAGCCAAGACGGACAUGGAAGAGGAAGACGAAGAAGCGGCUCAAGCCGGGCAAUCGCUGCUUGAAGCUCUUGGAGAGGAGAGGAGGAACAGAGUACUGUCGUCUCUCUUUAUCUGCCGCUGCGAUACCUCGGGUCUUGUCAAGAGUGCCGCCAUGGGUGUUUGGAAGUCACUUGUCGCCUCGCCUAAGACACUUAAGGAGAUGGUUCCUACAUUGUCUGAGCUGAUUAUCCGUCGCCUUGGAUCGUCAAAUAUGGAGCAUAAGGUUAUUGCCAGUAACGCUCUUGGAGAUCUCAUUAAAAAGAGUGGAGAAAGUGUCUUGGCUUCCUUGCUGCCAUCUCUCGAAGAUGGUCUUCAGACGUCUCCAGAUGUAGAUGUCAGACAAGGUAUCUGUAUCGCCUUACGGGAGCUUAUCACGUCCGCUUCCCCCGAAGCUCUUGAGGAUUAUGAGAAGGUCCUCAUAUCCGCCAUCCGGGUGGCUCUCGUUGACAACAACGAGGAUGUCCGUGAAGCAGCUGCUGAGGCAUUUGACUCUCUGCAGCAAGUUUUGGGCAAGAAGGCCGUGGACCAAGUUCUUCCUCAUCUUUUGAUGCUUUUGAGAAAUGACAAGGAUGCCGAACAAGCCUUGUCAGCGCUUCUGACUCUGCUCACAGAGGAGACUCGUGCGAAUAUCAUCCUUCCCAACCUUAUCCCGACGCUUAUCACCUCGCCUAUUUCUGCGUUCAAUGCCAGAGCUAUUGCUUCCUUAGCCGAAGUAGCAAGCUCCGCAAUGACACGCCGACUACCGGCUGUUCUCAAUGCCCUAAUGGACAACAUCAUAUCAACGUCCGAUGAUGAGCUUCGACUUGAGCUGAGUAACGCCUUCGAUACUGUGUUGGUAUCUGUCGAUGAAUUUGAUGGUCUCAACGUUGUCAUGAACGUCAUGUUAUCUCUCAUGAAGCAUGAUGAUCAUCUACGGAGGGCUAAUGCUGCAUUGCAUCUUGCGAAGUUCUUCUCUGAUGCAAGCAUUGACUUCUCUCGGUAUUAUCAAGACCUGAUUCGCGCUUUACUCAUUUCCUUCGGCGACCAUGAUAAGGAAGUCGUGAAGGCAGCGUGGACCGCAUUGAGUGGCCUCACAACUCACUUGCGAAAAGAGGAAAUGGAGGUUCUGGCUAUUCCCACACGCCAGAUUCUUCGGCAGGUCGGAGUUCCCGGUGCAAAUCUACCUGGUUUUGGUCUACCGAAAGGUCUUACUGCUAUCUUGCCGAUCUUCCUUCAAGGCCUCCUUAAUGGCAAUGUAGAGCAACGUACACAAUCUGCUCUUGCUAUCGCCGACGUUAUCGAUCGUACGGGCGCAGAUUCGUUGAGGCUAUUUGUCACUCAGAUCACCGGUCCGCUGAUCAGAGUCGUAUCCGAGCGGUCUGUGGAGAUCAAAUGCGCUAUUUUCUUCACACUCAAUAAGCUGCUUGAGAAGAUACCACUGGCCGUCAAGCCGUUCUUGCCACAGCUACAACGGACGUUUGCACGAGGAUUGGCAGAUCCAUCUAGCGAAACUCUACGCAAUAGAGCCGCCAAGGGCCUUGGAAUCCUAAUUACAUUGACUCCAAGGGUGGACCCCCUCAUUGCGGAACUUAUUGCCGGUUCGAAGGUCGCGGAUGUUGGGGUUAAGAAUGCCAUGAUGAAGGCUCUUCAAGAGGCUGUCAGCAAGGCCGGUGCCAACAUGAGCGAAGCGUCGAGAAAUGCCAUUCUUGGCCUUAUUGACGAGGAUUCCAGUGACCAGAAUGAUUCGGUGGCUAUUACAAACGCACGCCUGCUUGGUGCCCUUGUUAAAGUACUUCCUCCAGCAACUGUGGUUCCACUUCUCAAGAACCGCGUGGUCACAACUCAUUUCACGCAUGCGUCAAUUCUUGCACUAAAUGCUGUGCUCGUGGAAUCUCCAUCUUCUUUGGCCGAGCAUUUUACUGCUGAGACGCCUUCGCUCAUCUGCCAAGGAAUUUCUCACAAGGAUGUUUUCAUAUCUGAUAAUAGCAUCCUCGCCGCAGGCAAGUACCUUCUGACAGGAGAUGAGACUCACAACUUCGAGACCAACAAGUCGAUCUUUGAGGCGUUGGCGCCUAUCAUCCAACCUGGCAACCCUGGCGAUAGCCGCCGGUUAGCUCUGGUAGUAAUCCGAACUGUCAGCCGCCUUCAUCCUGAACUGGCUCGGCCUCAUCUGGCUCUCCUGGCACCGCCGAUUUUCGCCAGUGUUCGGGACAUGAUUAUCCCGGUCAAGUUGGCAGCGGAGGCGGCUUUCCUGGCCCUGUUCUCUGUUGUGGAUUCCGAAGCCGCCGUCUUCGAGAAAUACAUGACUGGCCCAGGAGCAGAGCUGCCGCCUGGACCCAAGCGGAGCAUGUCGGACUACUUCAAGCGGGUCGCGCUACGUCUUGCCAACCAGGCCAGAGAACGAAGAGAAGCAGAGGGUGGACAGGGAGGUUUGGGUCUGUCCAAUGACGAAGUCGAGGAUGAGAGAGAAGUAUGGAGUAUCGGGAAAGUCGAUCUUGGAGAGGCCUUUGGAGAUGAAUGAUUGUCUUUCCCAGGAGGUAUUCAUGCAUCUACUCAUUGUAGUGAAAAAGCCCGUCUCUAUAUUUUGUAUUCAUUCCGUCCAUACAUUUUCCGCUCUGUCGGUUUCUAGUUUGUCUCUAUUGCUAUGUUCAUUGCUGUACAGUGUACAGUCACGUGGUAGCGUGCUCAAACAGAGCAUCACUACAAAUAAAUAAACAUUUUACGCAGAAGGUAUUCAGGGAUAUCAAUGAUGAAUAUAG